CAGACAUUACCCCUCUCCCCUCCAUCGUUCCUGAUUCGUGCGUCGAAUCCCCGUCAUCUCCCGGCGGGUCUCUCAAUGCGCUUUCAUCAUCAACCUCAGUCUUCCCUUCUACAUUUGAAGGUUAUUUACUCCAAGUGACUACUUCCCAAACCUUCCUGUUUUAAGAUUUCCUAUUAUAAUCGGAUACUUCGUUGUUAUUUCCCUCUACAUUGUAGAUAUCCAUUGUUUCACUUCUCGAGUUCAUCCCUUUAGCCAGCACCCUCGAUCCCCCCCCCGCUCUUCUAACAACACCUGGACUCCUUUCAGGGUUCAGAGUCACUGACAUUGACCGCUUGUCUGCCUACCUUGCAUUGACUGACUUUCGAGUCACCAGCUCCAAAGAAACCAAAGAAAGAAAAAGGACAUCCCGUCCUCAUCAUCAUUAUUGUGCUUUCUUGGAUCCUCCUUUCCAAGGCGUAACGAGACUUCUAGCACAAUUCAAGUACUUAGCAUAGUCAAUAUAAGACAGAGUUCUUGCAGUUCUCGUUUUACAGCAUUCAGAUCAUUUUUUGUCUGUUCAUAUUUGGUACAUAAAUCAGAAUCCUCACCUCAACGCAGAUAUCUUCGCUCAUCCCAGAACAAGCGAAGCAGUCGGCCUAUCAAUUUGCUCGCGAAAAUGACGUAUCCUCAGUCAGACGUACAGACCAGCGACGAGCUCGCUGCGAUGUUCUCUCGAAACCUCACAUUACAGCCUCAACCAGUUCAGGCUCCUCGAGAAACAUCGGAACUCCAACAACCAGAACGGGAAAUAACAUACUCUAUUUCUCAACACUAUCACCAUUCCGCCCAUCUUGCUCACCAAGACGACCAUCCGGUCGAAUACCGGCGUCCUUCUUCGGAGCCUCCGCAGACACAAGAGCCAUCUGCCGAGUCUAUUUUAAACAAACAUGGCAUUGAUCAUGCAGGCCUGUCCGCGGCGCAGUUGGAACUUUUUAAGACUGCCGACGACUCCCAGAAACUGCGUCUGAUCCAGCUAUGGCAGAUUUGCCCUCCUUCAAACACCCGAGACAACCCGGCCGUUGCGUUGUCUACUACGACAGUUGAAGAAGAGGAAUUCUUAGCUCAACUCCGCUAUGAACGUCGAUUGGCGGAAGAGGCGCAAAAUAACACUGUUAUGUCGAUGGACGGCACGCCCCUGACACCGGUUCAAACAGGAGACGGACGAUGGGUGGCUAUGACUGAUGUCGAGCCCUACAUGAUGUCUGGUUACGAAGCUUUAGCUCGACGAGAAUAUGAAGAAUCGGCGCGACAGCAAUAUGAGGAGGCCAUGACAAUACCGAAAGACGUGUAUAGCCAUUUUGGUACCGCUGUCGGCGGGCCCACCUACCGCCCAGCGACGGAUCCUGUCUAUGAUAGCGACUGGACGAGACAACAGCAAGCCAUGGAGAACCAAUACGGGGCAUUUCAACAGAUGGACAAUAUGGAAAUAUAAGUCAACCUGUAUCUAUUUCUUAGCAAACCAGCACAGCAGACUAGCACAGCUUACUUAGCCCAAAUAGCUAGAUCAUGAGGGAUUAUUGGGAACGAAUAGCAUAGGAGGCGACGGCAUAUCAUAGCUCUGAAGAGAGAUUUUGGUGGCAUGGGAGAGCAUUCAGAUUGGACUGCACGUACAUCAAUUCAUGUCAUCAUGGGACGGAGUUGAGGAUUUCUCCCUUCAUAGCCUUUAUAUCUCUCUACCCCACCCCCUCUCAUUGGCUCAGUGUAUGGCUAACCCUUCUGACUUCCAGUCACCCGGAGAUCAUAACGCCCUAUCAAGGUAUGUAUAUCCAUUGCCCUUCUCAGAGUCCCAUGCCGUAGAAUACACAUCUAUGACUCCAUCUCCCUUACCCAAAAGCCCUCUCCCGUCCCCUAUACCUACGACUUUAUCACAGUAAACAAAAUCCAGCCCCUUUAACCGCUUUCAAAUUACACCAAGCAUGUCUACGAUCAAGUGACGACCUAUACCAUGUUGAAUACUACCUAGGUAGCGUAAAAACGAAAUAAAUAAAUGCUAUUCUACAGUUUGA